AUGGGUUUUUGUUCGGGAAGGGUUGGUUGGGGAAGGGAUAAUGGAACUUGUUCUAACUUUUACAAAUCAUCGUCUUCCUUCAACCUCCACGCGCUGCAUCGACAACAGCGCAUGUUGCAUCAACCAUUGACCAACUGCAAGCUUGAAUUUGCAAUUGAAACUAGUUUCUGGCUAGUUAACACAGUUGUCUCAAGACAUGUUUCUCUGUUAAGACAACGUGGAAAUUUAAAGUUUAAAAAUGGACUUAUAAAAAAUAAAAUUGAAAAACUUCCAAUUUCCAGAAAUAUAAACGGACUUGCAUUUAUUUCCAUGACAUGUGGAUUAUCACUAUCAAAAGACAAUCUUGAACAAUUUGAUGACAAAGUUUGCAGGAUUAGUCAUCUAUAA